AGUAUAUAGCAGUCUUCGCCGACAGCUAAACCGUGCUACUUCCACGUCAAAACACGAAGCUCAGCUCUCUCAGACUAAUAGAAAGGGCCGUGACCCUGUGCAGUAGUAGCCACCAUGGCAGAAGCUCACCAGGCGGUGGCCUUUCAGUUCACCGUCACCCCUGAUGGCAUCGACCUACAGCUGUGCCAUGAGGCUCUACGCCAGAUCUACCUCUCUGGCCUCCACUCCUGGAAGAAAAGGUUCAUUCGCUUCAAGAAUGGGGUAAUGACUGGUGUGUACCCGGGCAGCCCUGCUGGGUUCAUGGUAGUGGUUGUGUCCUACAUGUCCUACAAUAAAUAUAAUCAACUGGAUCCUUCUCUGGGGUUGAUUGCCAAGCUGGGCCAACACAUACCUAUUAGCCGAUAUAUGUCCACAGACAGCCAGAGGAUAGUUGGAGGAGUGUUGGUGGGCACGGGCCUGUGGGUCACCAUAAUCAUGAUAAUGAGGAAUGUCCUAAAGUGCCUGUUGUCGUGGCAUGGCUGGAUGUAUGCACGCCAUGGCUCUGUGUCCUGGUCUACUCGUCUGUGGAUGUUAUUAGUGAAGGUGUUCUCUGGCAGGAAGCCAAUGCUCUACAGUUUCCAGAACUCCCUGCCGCGGCUACCUGUUCCCUCUGUCAAGGACACCUGCAGAAGGUACCUGGAUUCUGUGCGCCCACUGAUGGAUGAUGAGCAGUAUGAAAGGAUGAAGGGCUUGACUAAAGACUUUGAGAAGAACCUGGGACCUAGGUUGCAGUGGUACCUCAAACUCAAGUCGUGGUGGGCCUCCAACUACGUCAGUGACUGGUGGGAAGAGUAUAUUUACCUCAGAGGCCGUGGGCCCAUCAUGGUCAACAGCAACUAUUAUGCCAUGGAUUUCCUGUACGUGUUCCCCACCUCCAUCCAGGCUGCCAGGGCAGGUAAUGCCAUCCAUGCCAUCAUGCUCUACAGGAGAAAACUUGACAGAGCCCAGAUCAAACCACUCAUGCUCCUACACACUAUUCCCAUGUGCUCAGCCCAAUACGAACGUAUGUUCAACACCAGUCGUGUCCCAGGUGUAGACACAGACACACUUCAGCACAUGAAUGAGAGCAAACACAUAGCUGUGUACCACAAGGGCCGUUUCUACAAGGUGUGGAUGUUUUAUGACGGGCGCCUGCUGUUGCCACGGGAGAUAGAGCAGCAGAUGGAGAGGAUCUUGUCAGACAAGUCGGAGCCCUUGCCAGCAGAGGAAAAACUAGCUGCACUUACUGCAGGGGACAGGACCCCAUGGGCAAAGGCCCGUGAAACCUUCUUCGGCCGUGGUAAGAACAAGCAAUCUCUGGACGCCAUUGAGAAAGCGGCCUUCUUUGUAACCCUUGAUGACACCGAGCAGCGCUACGAGGAAGACAAUCCAGUCAAGUCUCUGGACAGUUAUGCCAAGUCCCUGCUCCAUGGAAAGUGCUAUGACAGGUGGUUUGACAAAUCCUUUAACCUGAUAGUGUUCAAGAACGGCACCAUGGGGCUGAACGCAGAGCAUUCCUGGGCAGAUGCUCCAAUCAUUGGUCAUUUGUGGGAGCAUGUGCUCUCCAUGGACCCUAUUAAGCUGGGAUAUACUGAGGAAGGUCACUGCUGUGGGGAGCCCCACCCCAACCUGCCAGGUCCUCAGAGGCUGCAGUGGGAUCUUACUGCUGAGUGCCAGGAAACCAUCCAGAGCUCUCUGACAUUAGCUAGGAAUCUGGCAGAUGAUGUGGACUGUCACAUUUUCCCCUUCACUAACUUUGGCAAGGGUCUGAUUAAGAAGUGCCGCACCAGUCCCGAUGCCUUCAUCCAGAUCGCUCUACAGCUGGCCCAUUACAGGGACAAAGGGAAGUUCUGCCUGACAUACGAAGCCUCCAUGACGCGUUUGUUCCGUGAGGGCCGAACAGAAACUGUGCGCUCCUGCACGAUGGAAACAUGUACCUUUGUCCGUUCCAUGAUCAGAGAUGAGACAAGAGACGAGCGCCUCAAGUUGCUCAAACUAGCAGCAGAGAAGCAUCAAAACAUGUACCGCCUGGCUAUGACGGGAGACGGCAUUGAUCGCCACCUUUUCUGUCUCUAUGUGGUUUCCAAAUAUUUAGGAGAAGACUCAGCUUUUCUCAAAGAGGUGCUGUCCGAGCCGUGGAGGCUGUCCACCAGUCAGACUCCUCUGCAGCAGGUUGAGCUGUUUGACCUGGUCAGACACCCAGAGUAUGUGUCCUCUGGGGGUGGAUUUGGUCCGGUGGCUGAUGAUGGUUAUGGUGUCUCUUACAUCAUUGUUGGUGAGAACCUCAUCAACUUCCACAUUUCCAGCAAACACUCAAGCCCAGAAACUGACUCGCACCGUUUUGGUGCCAACAUCAAACAGGCCAUGCUGGAUAUUCUGGAUCUCUUCCAGCUUGACAAGAAAGCCAAGUGAUUGCCCUCUGCGUGGAUGGAAAAACACAAGAUGCUGUUUUUAGCAAAGCAUAUAUUCUUCCUGAAGCUUGUACAGAAUCAAAUGUUGGAUUUUGGGUUGUUUUAAGUUAAUUGAUGUUACAGAUGUAAGGAUGAUUGAGAGGUUUUUGGAAACAUUACUGUCAAUGUUUGUGAGGCAUUUAUGUGUACUGUAUGUAUAGGCAGGGUGAGGUUGUGGAGGUAAUGGGUUCAGGUGGUGCGCAGAUCAAAGUUUUUAUUUACAGGACUGUACACACCUGUGCCUUAGUGACCCACUAAUGUAAAAAGGGCAGAAAGGGAGGAGAAAAUUAGUGCCGCUCUAGUCUAAGAUCAAGUCUGUAUUACCACAGUAAGAGACAUUUCAGCUAAAGGAUUGUUCAGUAGCAUCAUUGCAUAUUUGAAUCACAUUUUAAGUUAACAGAUGAUAUAAUAUUUUUUACAAGCCUUCGUCCCAAUUUUAGGAAAAAAUCCUAUAAUAUGUUUUUGUUGUUUCAAGUGUCUCCUCAGUUGCAGCACCUGAGUCAGGUGUAACAGGUCCAAUCAGCACACUUCAUGUAAAAUAUCAUAAGAAAUUGUGUGUUGUGUUGUGUCCAUUAAUUUCAUAUGGCUUAGUUUAAAUACUGAAUCUUGAUUCUUUAGGGUGGACAGUUUGUAUCCAGUAAUAUUAUACCUGCUGAAGCUUGUAGGAGUAAAUCUGUUGAGCUAUAAUUAAAAGAAUUAUAAAUAUUCACCGUUGAUCUGGAUCUGUGAUUCUGGAUACCAAUACAAAAACAGAGAACUGUUGCUGCUGUCCACCAAUGGAUCUCCAUUGCCUUUCAGUCAAGUGCACAGCCAGUGUGUUUGUUCUUUUUAGCUGCUAUGAUUUUAUGACAUAGCGACAAAGGCAGAACAUGUUUAUGCGUGCGUGUUUGUUGUUUUCUUACUCAGGUUUUACUAACUUGGCCUAGUAUUCUGUGCUGCUGGCUGCAGCAUUGCAAGUGCUUAUGUUUGCGUGUAUAUGUGCAACAGUAGAAGUUGAGAUGCAGUACAAUGUCAUGUGACCCUGAUGAGUCGGUGGGUACUAGAACAUUAAGUUUGCUGUUGAAGUGAGCGAUUGGCAGGACAGGGUGUGUGUCUGGGGUGAGUGUGACCCAGUGUGUAGCCAAUGGGUGACAUUUUUUUUUCCAGUUUCCUGUGUUUUGAAAGAGUGGGUUAACUGUACUUCAACCCUGUGGUGCACUCCAUGACUGGCCCUUUAGUUCAAACUAACCAAUUUCUAAUAACCUUGGUAGCCUUUUGUCAGAUCAAGACAAAUUACAAACUUUUAUCAGCAAACUGUCAAGUUGUUGUGGUGUUGCAGCUGUUGUUGCCUUGUUGCGAUGUGGUGCAGAUUCGCUCAGUGGGUUAUUGUGUCUCUCCAAUACAGUAGGAAAUCUUUGUUUCUCUUGGACUAAUGCUUAUGAAGGGCAGAGGGACUGUUGUGUGUAGGAAUGCAUUUUUGUUAUUAUGUAUAAGUUGUUAGUUCAACAUUAUUUAUUUUUUUCCCCCAUGUUUUAACCUCUUUAUUCACGCAAAAAAAACUGUUUGAGACUUGUGUAUUUACCAGCUGAAUGCGGCUAAUGAUAAGCACUAAGUUAAAGCUUUGCUGAUAUUAAGAAGUGAAACAGACAAAAUGCUUCCUUAUUUUUGACAUGACAAAUUUGUUAUCACAGACUUUGCCAGUAUGAUGUAGUUGUAUGACUUUUUAUCUUGGUAGACCUCAUGUUUACACUGCUGCAUGGUUUUUGAAGAUGAAGCUGUAUAUGUUUGCCUUUAAUUUAAAGACGUGUAAAAAGACAAGCAGCUGAUAUACCAAAACAAGUUUUAACAAUAAAGUGAAUGUCAAGACAC